GACUUUCGAACCCCACCCCCUCCCACUCCCCCUCCCCUCCCCUCUCUCUCUCUCUCUCUCUCUCUCUCUCUUUCCGAGAGUGUGCGCAGGCCGCCAAUCCUCCCCCGCUAAACCGUUCGACGACGUGCCUGAAGGCACCACCAAACCUCCCACGCACCACCGUGCGAAAGUCUCUCGCCACCACUGUUGGAUGCUUCCCACUAUUCCCUCCAUAUCUUGAACUCCUACGGUCCUACACGAAGCCAAUGUGGAAGCUGCACAUCUCUUGAUUUUUGGGGGCACUUAAGGAAAGAACGUUGUUGCCGAUUAUGAUUGUGUCUUAUUGCUAUUUGUAACGAAGAACGCUGCUAUGCCCCGAUCUCUUUCUUUAGAAUGCGUUCCAAUCCCAGGCUAGGGUUUCUCUUAGCAUGUGGCAAGAAAUCAUUGUUUCAUGCUCUGUUGUUGAAUAAAAAAUAUGGCAUUGCUAGGGGAAACAGGGACUUGUUGUCGACUGCUAUUCCAAGCUCCAAUAGCUUUGCUUCUCUCUGCAGAAUUUUCGCCGGUUAUUCAUUCUCGGGUCGCCGAGCAUUUUGCGGCUACACCGUUGAACAGUUCUCAGAUGAUGAAUAUGAGUGCGACUACGACAAUCAUAAGGCAUCUUCUUCUGUGUGCAACAUUGAUGAGUGGAAAUGGAAACUUAGCUUGUUAUUACGAAGUGAGAAGGACCAGGAAAUUGUGUCCCGAGACAAAAGGGAUAGGAGAGACUAUGAACAAAUAUCUAACCUUGCCAAGAGGAUGGGCCUUUACUGUGAAAUUUAUGGAAAGGUGAUGGUUGCGAGCAAAGUUCCUCUUCCCAACUAUAGGCCAGAUCUUGACGAUAAGCGGCCUCAAAGAGAGGUGGUUAUCCCGCUAAGCUUGCAAAGGAGAGUGGAGGGUCUGCUGCAGGAACACCUUGAUAGAAUGCAGUUGAGUUCUGAAAAGGUCAGUGGCACUUCAAGUGACAUUAAGGUCACUGAUCGGGGUGAAGACGUACAUUCAAAUGAAGACCCUGAUUCUUUCCUAGAUGGUUCUGUUAUGGAAAAAGUUCUACAAAGAAGAAGUUUGCGAAUUCGUAAUAUGCAGAGAUCAUGGCAGGAAUCACCAGAAGGCAGGAAAAUCCUUGAAUUCCGGAGAUCUCUGCCUGCAUUCAAGGAGAAGGAAAGGCUGCUCGAAGCAAUUGCGAGGAAUCAGGUGGUUGUAAUUUCUGGGGAGACUGGAUGCGGUAAAACUACCCAACUUCCUCAGUUUAUAUUGGAGUCAGAAAUAGAAUCUGGUCGUGGAGCAUUCUGUAGCAUAAUAUGCACACAACCUCGAAGAAUUUCUGCCAUGGCUGUUUCAGAAAGAGUGUCUACUGAGCGAGGAGAGCCUCUUGGUGAAUCAGUUGGCUAUAAAGUUCGAUUGGAGGGAAUCAAAGGAAGAAAUACUCAUCUGCUUUUUUGUACAAGUGGUAUUUUGCUUCGACGUCUGUUGAGUGACCGGAACCUGAAUGGUAUAACGCAUGUAUUUGUUGAUGAAAUUCAUGAGCGUGGCAUGAAUGAAGAUUUCUUAUUGAUCGUGUUGAAGGAUCUUCUUCCACGAAGGAAAGACCUGAGAUUAAUAUUAAUGAGUGCUACUUUGAAUGCUGAGCUAUUUUCGAAUUAUUUUGGAGGGGCACCAAGAAUCCACAUCCCGGGCUUUACACAUCCUGUGAGAGCAAACUUUCUGGAAGAUAUAUUGGAAAUUACUGGAUAUAAGUUGACUUCUUUCAACCAAAUUGAUGAUUAUGGCCAAGAGAAGUUGUGGAAAACCCAAAGACAGCUGGUGCCAAGGAAAAGGAAAAAUCAGAUUGCUACUCUUGUUGAGGACGCUCUUAACAAAUCCAGCUUUGAGAAUUAUAGCUCCAGAGCUCGUGAUUCACUGUCAUGUUGGACUCCUGAUUGCAUUGGUUUCAAUCUUAUUGAGGCUGUUUUAUGCCAUAUAUGUCGGAAGGAACGGCCUGGAGCUGUCUUAGCGUUCAUGACUGGCUGGGAGGACAUUAGCUGUUUGAGGGAUCAACUUAAAGCUCAUCCUCUUUUAGGUGACCCUAACAGAGUUUUGCUGCUUACUUGCCAUGGUUCAAUGGCAACAUCUGAACAGAAACUCAUAUUUGAGAAGCCGCCUCCUAAUGUUCGUAAAAUAGUACUUGCUACUAAUAUGGCAGAGGCAAGUAUUACAAUCAAUGAUGUAGUGUUUGUUGUUGAUUGCGGAAAAGCAAAGGAGACCACUUAUGAUGCGUUAAAUAAUACUCCCUGUCUCCUACCUUCAUGGAUAUCACAAGCUUCUGCUCGGCAAAGAAGGGGUAGGGCUGGCCGUGUGCAGCCUGGCGAGUGCUACCAUCUAUAUCCCCGCUGUGUUUAUGAUGCUUUUGCUGAAUAUCAGCUUCCUGAACUUCUGAGAACUCCUUUGAACUCUCUCUGCUUGCAAAUAAAAAGUUUGCAGGUGGGGAGUAUUGGAGAAUUUUUGUCAGCUGCUCUGCAGCCACCAGAACCGUUGGCUGUCCAGAAUGCUGUUGAUUUUUUGAAAAUGAUUGGAGCACUAGAUGAGAAUGAACAUCUUACGCAUCUUGGUGGAUAUCUUGCAAUGCUGCCAGUGGAUCCCAAGCUUGGGAAAAUGUUAAUAAUGGGUGCUAUAUUUCAUUGCUUUGAUCCUAUUCUGACAAUUGUGGCUGGACUUAGUGUGAGGGAUCCUUUUCUUUUGCCUCAAGAAAAAAAGGAUUUAGCAGGCACAGCAAAAUCCAGGUUUUCUGCAAAGGACUAUAGUGAUCAUAUGGCGCUUGUCCGUGCCUAUGAAGGAUGGAAAGAUGCAGACAGAGAAGGAUCAGCUUACGAGUACUGCUGGAGGAAUUUCCUUUCUGCCCAAACACUUCAAGCAAUCCAUUCUCUUCAAAAGCAAUUUCAAUACAUUUUGAGGGAUGCUGGAUUGCUAGAUGCUGAUGCUGGCACUAACAAUAGAUUGAGUCAUAACCAGUCAUUAGUUCGAGCAAUUAUAUGUUCUGGCCUCUUUCCUGGAAUCGCAUCUGUGGUGCACAGGGAGACAUCCAUGUCCUUCAAAACGAUGGAUGAUGGCCAGGUUCUACUUUAUGCUAAUUCGGUGAACGCACGUUACCAGACGAUUCCAUACCCAUGGCUUGUCUUUGGUGAAAAAGUAAAGGUCAACACGGUUUUCAUACGCGAUUCAACUGGCGUUUCUGAUUCCAUUCUUAUCCUUUUCGGCGGUAAUCUUAGCCCAGGAGUUCAGGCUGGACAUUUGAAAAUGCUGCAAGGCUAUGUUGAUUUCUUCAUGGAUCCCAGUCUGGCAGAGUGUUAUGUGAAGCUUAAGGAGGAGCUUAAUAAGCUUCUGCAGAAGAAGCUCCAAGAUCCUAGCAUCGACAUCCACAAGGAAGGCAAGUACCUCAUGCAUUCAGUUCAGGAGCUAGUAUCAGGAGAUCAAUGCGAGGGUAGAUUCGUAUUUGGCCGUGAAAGUAAGAAACUUAGGGUGUCUAGUGACAGCGAGAGAUUUGCAAAAGACGGAUCAAACCCUAAGAGCUUGCUACAAACUCUCAUGAUGCGGGCGGGACACUCCCCUCCAAAGUACAAAACGAAGCAUCUAAAGACGAAUGAAUUCAGGGCACUGGUAGAGUUUAAGGGGAUGCAAUUCGUGGGGAAGCCCAAGAAAAACAAACAACUUGCAGAGAGGGACGCCGCCAUAGAGGCAUUGGCCUGGUUGACUCAAACCUCUGACAAAAAUCAAGACGAAGAUGAUAAUUCCCCUCCUGAUGUCACGGACAACAUGUUGAAACUUCUUGGUAAGCGCAGAAGAUCAAAGCGGCGCUCAGGUUGAUUACACGUUCUUAUUGGUUGGAUCUUUUACAACUGUGGGGCCACAGAAUUACAACUACGCGAGUUGCAAUGUAUAAAGACACCGAUCUCGCAACUGGCAUUGUUGGAAACAUGCUAGAAUUCUUUGAAGACGCUAGGAUUGAAGCACCGGGUACUCACACUCAGUAUUUGGAAAACGUUCUCGGGCUUUAGUGGUAACUUGAAGGGCGGUCGGUCUUCAUGGGAUCAAAAGUUGCUCUCUCGGAGGAAGAACAAAAUCGAUAUUAACGGAAGAAAAAUAAUGUUUUGGAAAUUUAUGAGACCCGGCCAGCGCGAUCUGAGUAUCAGAGAGUCCUUGUUAUUGCGUACAAUCUAUUUAAUGUUCAUUUACUUUGAUGGGUGACAAUUUUUGAUUAUGAGAAUGGCAGGUUGGGAAAAGCAUUUGAGCAAAAUUUGUAUCAUAGGGGAUUCAAAUUUUGUAUCAUAGUGGGUUUCAUGCAUGCAUGUCAGGAUGGGAAUGCGAUCUAAUUGUGAUUGCAGAAA